GCCCUCUCGUUUCCACUAUAAAAUAGUACUCUCCCCCUUUACUUUCUGAUCAGCCAAACCAUUUUCACAGAUCUCAAUUCUCUCAACCUUGCAAUUCUCUGCGCCGCCGGGUUCGGGAUCCUUCGUUUCUAAUAGUUGGAAACAAGAACCAGGGAAUGCGGAAAGAUGCGGUUGCUGUGUAGACAAGGGUUGUUUUCCAACUUUGAUGAAGCAGAAGCUCCAUCCAAGCUGCAUUCCUCUGUCCUUGAUGAGUGUGGACACGCAGUUUACAGCCCUGUAUAUUUCUGCCUUCCGAUGCCAACAUUGACUCAAUAUUUCAGAGGACAAUAUGUCUCAUACAAUGACCUCUGCGAAGACGGUUGAAUCCUUGCUUUCUUAAAGUUGCUCGCUUUCUCCCCGUACUGUAAUUGAAUUUGCUGCCGAAGUUGUUGUCUGAGUUCAACUAGAUCUGUUGCUGGGAUGGAGAGUAAAGGAAGAGUUCUGAUGCAAAAGUAUGAGUUGGGGAAAUUCCUUGGACAAGGCACUUUUGCCAAGGUGUAUCAUGCUAGAAACCUCGAGACUGGGAUGAGUGUGGCCAUCAAGAUCAUCGACAAAGAGAAGAUCAUUAGGGUUGGGAUGAUGGAUCAAAUUAUGAGAGAAGUCUCUGUAAUGAAACUUGUGAGGCAUCCCAACAUUGUGCAGCUCUACGAGGUUAUGGCCAGUAAAGCCAAGAUAUAUUUCGUGAUGGAAUAUGUACGAGGAGGCGAGCUGUUUAAUAAGCUGGCGAAAGGGAAACUGAAGGAAGGGGCCGCCAGGAAAUACUUUCAACAGCUUAUUAGUGCUGUUGAUUUCUGCCACAGCAGGGGAGUUUGUCACCGGGAUCUGAAACCGGAGAACCUACUGUUGGAUGAAAAUGGGAAUCUGAAGAUCUCGGACUUCGGAUUGAGCACACUCGCGGAAUCGAAGAGACAGGAUGGGUUACUCCACACUGCCUGCGGGACACCUGCUUACGUUGCCCCAGAAGUUGUUGGCAGGAAAGGCUAUGAUGGCCUCAAAGCUGAUAUCUGGUCAUGUGGGGUGAUCUUAUUUGUUCUACUAACGGGAUGCCUUCCUUUCCAUGAUGCGAAUUUGAUGGAGCUGUACCGGAAAAUAAGUGAAGCUGAUAUCAAAUACCCCAGCUGUAUCUCGCCUGAUGCUCGUGCGCUUAUCUCUGAAAUUUUGGAUCCUAAAGCAAGCACCCGGAUCCCCAUAGCAAAGAUCAUGAAGAACUCCUGGUUCCGUAAAGGUUUCUUAUCCAGAGUGAAGAGAAAUUCGAAGGAAGAGGAUAUUAGAAGUUCAGAUGCAACCACCAUCGACACUGUGGCAGACAGUAAGGUGGAAGUCUCAAAGCCUGCACACUUGAAUGCCUUUGAUAUAAUAUCCCUCUCGGCUGGUUUAGAUUUAUCAGGUUUGUUCGAAGAUGAUGAUGCUAAUCUGAAGAAGGAAGUCAAGUUCACAUCAAAGCAGUCGGCAAAGGCCAUCAUCUCUAAGAUAGAAGACUUAGGCAAGCGUCUGAAGCUGAAGGUGACGAAGAAGGAUGGAGGAAUGCUCAAACUGGAAGGAUCAAAGGCUGGCAGGAAGGGCGUGCUGUCUGUCGAUGCAGAAAUCUUGGAGGUCACCCCAAGCUUCCAUUUGGUUGAGAUGAAGAAGUCCAGUGGAGAUACAUUGGAAUAUCAGAAGCUGAUGAAUCGGGGCGUAAGGCCAUCUCUGAAUGACAUUGUUUGGGCAUGGCAAGGGGAAGAUCGCGUCGCCUGUCCUCACCCGGCCAGCGCCACCAUCAACUAGAGAUUCCUGAGUCGAUCAGUUAAAUAACCAGCACCUUAGUUCAACCAUUGCUAUAAAUAACCAUUAGAAUGCUCAGUUGCAGUUGCUUUUCGGAAAUUGUUUUAACUCUAGAUUUGAGCUUGAGCACAAAUAAAAUCAGCCAGUUUAUUUUAA